ACCAUUUGGGUAUCAUUUCAUUACCGUACUAUGGAUUUCAGUUGUUGGUCAGGAUGGGAGACAGGAGAGAGUAUGAGCGGUGCGAGAGGCGCUCCAACAGUGAAGACCGUACGGGAUAUCGUAGGUCGGAUGGUGGCCAGAAUCGAGGAGUGCAGGCAUGGAUGGUGCUCGACAAGCUACCGUCCGUCAACAUCCUACGACACGAGAAAGGGAAGGUCCGCUUCCCCUCGACGGACCGAGAACGGGACAUGUGCGCAAACAACGACGGAGGCUGACCUCCUGCAAAAGCAGAUUGAGGAACUUAACAAGAGUCUGGCAUCGGUUUCGGAGUUUGUCCAAUGUGAGAAGGCGGGGAAGGCGGAAGAGGAGAGGUUGAAGCGAGAAACUGAGGAAGAGAAAGAGAGAAAAGCAGCGGAGAAACGGGCAUGUGAGAAGAAGGAGUGCAAGCGAGUGGCUAAGCUGCAGAAGGAAGUUGAUCGUGACGCUGAGAUGAACAAGAGGAUGGAGCUACAACUUGCGAUCAAGACUAGCGACUUUUUUUACCGUAUGGAGGCCAAUCUUGGCCUGACGCUGGAACUUGUGCAGAGGAAGGCGAAAAAGCAGGUGGAGCGUACUGGUAUGCAUAGCUCUGAGCAUGAAGGCAGUGAUAGCGCAACAGAGGAGAUCUGCACUCGUACCGGGCACCUGACUAUCAACGAGAAACAGAAGAGAGGACCUGAGCUUGUAUUCGAUGACAGCCCCUAUGUUGACGUCGGCCAAACGAACCCUGAGACAGACCAAGGUGACGAUUGGUGUGACCCCUAUCCGUGUGACGAGCCCCCGUACCUGGCGAAAUAGAAGCAGAGCCCUGAAAAGCCAAGUA